UACACUGAAAGUCUGAAGCACACUGGGCUGCAAACACAUCAGUAAAUUGCCCUGGAGAUACAAAGUCAUUGUUGUGAAUUGUUCUUUGGUUAGAGAUUCUGGGGCGAUCAAGACUAGCAAAGAAGAAAUAGCAGCUGUAUGUCAGCAUGUCAGUUUUUAAGCCAAGUGCAUUGGUGGACGAUGACCCACCGUCAGAGUGUCCACUAUGUAUGGAAGCUUUAGACUUAGAUGACAUCAAUUUCUUCCCAUGCGAGUGUGGAUACCAGGUGUGUCAUUUUUGCUGGCAUAGAAUACGGAAUGAUGAAAAUGGCAGAUGCCCUCAGUGUAGAAAGCCCUAUACAGAAAAUCCAGCAUCAUAUAAACCAAUUACGGAAGAAGAGGUACACGAUUGGAAUGCUAAGAAGAAACAGAAAGAGAAAAAAUCGAAAAGCAGUGAAAAUCGGAGACAAUUGGGUGAUAAGCGAGUAUUACAGAAAAACUUGGUUUUCUUAACGGGCCUUUCCACGCGUUUGGCAGAUUCAGAUGUAAUUCGUCGUAGUGAUCAUUUCGGACAGUAUGGUAAAAUCGUGAAAGUUGUUGUAAAUAACCAAAAUGCAUACAGCGGAGCAAACGGUCCUUCAUACUGUGCAUAUGUCACUUAUCAACGAUAUCAUGAUGCUCGUACUUGUAUUGCUGAAGUAAAUAACUCGUAUUUAGAUGGCCGGCUCGUCAAAGCUGCGUUUGGAACGAAUAAAUACUGUAGCUUGUUUAUCAAGAGUAUAAAGUGCAACAAACCGGACUGUAUGUAUCUACACGAGUAUGGAGAUGAGUCAGCCACCUUUAGUAAAGAAGACAUGCUGUCAGGGAAACACACCGCAUUGGAACAACGCUUUCUCAAUGGGGACGCAGAACUUUCAGAAUCUAGUCCACUCGUGGGAGCCACACCAGACGCGUCUAGUUUUGCUCCCAGCCAUACCAUGACGGUUUCCUCUGCUAAUGAUGCUCAAAGCAAAAGUGUCCUCACCGCCCAACAUCGCCAGCAGCAACAAGCUGCGCCUGCUGCCAGUGCAAGUGCUGGUGCUCACGUUGUGGCAGCGCAAGCCAUGCAAACAAAACAGCAACAGCAGCAGCAACAGCCACUUAAAGCAACAGGGUCCGUUGCUCAGCCGCUUCAACAUAAACAAGCACCGGCAGAACAGCAAGACCGCAAGCUGGUGAAGCAGCAGCAACUGCAACAGCAACAGCAACUGCAACAACAAAAACAUCAGCAGCAGCAGCCAGCACAACAGGCCACUAGGGGGCACAAUGUCAAUGAGAAUGAAACUGAUGAAACUGCUAAGACACAACAGCAGCAGCAGCAGCAGCAACCGCAGCAGCAACAGAGUGUAGUGGAAAACGGCAGCAAGCCAGCACAACAGAAAUCGAAGUCUAAGCAGAAGAAAGUGUCAAAUACAGCUUCUUCGAAAUCAUCGGACUCUCGUUCUGCAGUGCAAAAUGCGCCUACCACGGGAGAAACUUCAGAGAAGCCAUCUAAAGACCGACAGCGCAGUAAGAAGGCAACUGAAGUGCAGUCUGCCUCACAACCACUCUCUUUAUCUACACAAACAUGUGCAUCAGUCGGCGUGGCGCCGACUACAGCUACUGUUGCUUUGUCCUCAGCUGCAGCACCUACAUCAGCUAUGAGCACAUGGGAGCCUGCUCAACCUGUGCCUAUUACACGUCAGGUGGAGCCGCCUGUUCAGGAGGGGAUCCUGAAUCUCGCACAGGAUUGUAGCUCAGAUCAGCGUCAGCAGUCACCAUCUAUGGCUGUCCCCCAUGGCCGUCUUUCUCAAUACACAAAGCAUGUGCAGAUGGAUGUGGCGCCAUCCCACAUGCUCAGCUCAUCUAUAUUGCCGUCCAGUAUAGACUCUGCGUCGUUCCAUUCAGCUUGUAGCCACUUUGGCCGUUUUGAUAGCCAGCCUGGAUCGGAUACAGAUAGCUUUCAGCCGUCCGCUCCCUCUCCAUCUCAUACACCAGCAGCAGCAAAUAGCUAUGGCUCGUAUUCCUCUUCACCCCGUGACUAUGGUGGGGUGCCGCUGCCGUCGACUGCCGUUGCUGGCUUUCCACACCACCACCACCAGCAGCAACAGCAACAGCAGCAUCCAGAUCAAGGCGUUAUGAUGAGCCAGCAAGCAUCUUCGUUCGACGGCUCCUGGAAACUCAACUCAGUUGCCGAAGUCGAGCGCAAGCUACAUCAACAGUUUAUGCAUGAGCAGCAGCAGCAGCAGCAAAUUGGGAGUUACAGUCAGCCAUCUUCAACACAGCAAUCGCAACAAUGUAAGCAGGUUGAGCAACACCAGAACCAACAUCAACAGCAGCAAGCGCACCAGCAUCAUGUAGGUAGUCCGUACGACUCUCUUACUCUGGAAAUGUUGCAAAAUGCACUGGAAAUCGAUCAUAGUCAACUCAACAUGCGUUUGCAGCACAUGCAGUUAGCUCAGAAGCCAACUGACGCACAACAUCCUUAUCAGCAACAGCAGCAGCGGCCGCAGCAUGAUGGGACCGGCUGUAUUGACAAUGCAACAAGUUAUAUACCCGUUCAGCAACAGCAGCAGCAACACGCAAAGCCAGACCAGGGUCUGAUGUUUGCCAGGGAAUCUCGUGUUGGGCAAGACGGCCACCAACAAGCACAUUAUCAUAACACAAUGCAGCAGCAGCAGCACCAGAGGCAUCAACACCAACAGCAACAGCAGCAACCGCUCUAUAUGCAACCAUCAACAAGCACACAAGUAGCGUCUCAUCGUCGUGAUAUCAGUGAACAGCUGACACUUGACCACCAGGUGACUGGAUUGUAUCCCGGAUCUGCGACUCAAAGCCUAAGAACCAGUGAUCAUCUUGCUCAAUCUGAUCGAAUUGACUCUGGUGUCGAUGAUGGUAGUGCUUCAGGAGAUUUAGACAUGAUGUGGGAUGGUCUAGCAUCGCGUAGCAUUGCCAUGUUGCUGGAGGAUGACCUGAUGUUCAUGCCGAAUGCUCGCGCUGGAGCGGCUGGUGAUGCUGGUGCUGGUACUAGUGGCAACGGUGGUCCUGGUGCUUCUGCUGGGAACACUUACCAUGGCAUUGCGCCAUUGUCAUCAAGUCCCAGUAGCACGACGCCAUUGGCUGACCCAUGGUUCCCGUCGUCGUCAGCUUCGAGCAGCGACACGACUUCUUCUAGGGCUGCGGCGUUCACAUCGUUUGGUCAACAGCCACCAUCUCAUGCACAGCAGCAUGCUACACAGCCACCAUCUCAUGCACAACAACAGCAUGCUACACAGCAACAAUCUAGAGGCUCUGCAGCCACUGCUGCUGCACCUGCUACUGCGACUGGUCGAUGGGAGGAUCGUUACCGCUCAUUACAGUCUGGUGUAGAUCCUCUCUCAACAUCUAUUGGGGUAUCAUCAGAUUAUCCAAAGUACCACGGUUCAACGGAGGAUCCAUCUUCACUGUCGUCAUCACCAGUCGUUCAGCCGACAGCCUUGCCGUCGUUUGGCGACAAGACAUGGCAGUUAUCAUCUACCAUCACACAGCCUUGUUUGAACGACAAUGUCACCAAUGACUCGUCUAAAUGGCCCAAUGGUGUGACAUGGACAGCACCACUGUCUGGACAUUCAUCAAACAGCCAACCAAGGAUGGGGCCUUCUCUAUAUUACUAUUCGGCAGCAUCAGGUGGCUCAGAUCAUAUGUACCAACAGAGUACACAGUCUCGCAACCUUCAGCAACAGCAGGAGAGCUCUGCGGGUGCACGCAGUCAUAACACUCAGUACCAACCGCAACAACAGCAGCAACAAAUGAUGCACAUGCAGCAGCAGCAGCAACAACAACAACAACAGCAGCACCAGCACCAACAACCGAUUCUAGGUUCAACUUCAUCAACAUCAUCAUCUCGCAUGUUGCCAAACUUUGCACAGACCAAUCAUCAGAAUGUAUCCAGUGCAGGGUACUCAAAUGCGCCAGCUUCAACUGCUGAUCAAUAUCAUCACAUGACAUCCGUGCAGGCAUCUAGAAACAGUGACAAAUCGACCAGCAACCUGCCAGCAGGUAUCAUGCAGCCCACAGCGCAGUUAGACAACAGUGGUGCAACUGGUGGCGGCGGCGGUCCCGUAACUGCUACUAUUCGACCUCUGUCUGCUGGAUCUGGUCGACGGCCACGCCCACCACCUGGCUUGCCAGCCCCUGCUCAGAGUGCUACUCACUUCACACAGCUGACAACUGUUAUUGGUGGUGUUAGCAGUAACGAACAGCAGCAGCAGCAGCAGCAGCAGCAGCAGCAGCAGCAGCGGCAACAACAGCAAACAGACAAACUCUACGCAAGAGAAAACUCAUCACUUGGUGGUGUGCAUGGCUACUCUAAUUCGCAUACAUAGCCCUCCCCCUCAUAGUACAUUGUAACGUCUUUGCGUUGCAUUUUUUUGCCAGCCAGUUAAUAUGCUGGACUAACAACACAUUGGAAAAUAUCAAAACUCAUCAGUCAUCGUAAUCAUCUAACAUGCAUUGUGCACAUAGCUCCAACCCACUGCCCCAUCUCACAGCCCCCCAUUGUUAUACUGAUUUCCUAUACCCCUUCCACGCGCGCGGUGCUAUUUUAGCCACGGCCGCGGUGCUCCUCUCUUUUUCUUUCCUCUUUUUUUUCUUUUUUUUGUUUAAUCUUGUUAACCCAUUGUGUGGAGUUCUGCAAGGUUUCUUCAUCACCACCAAUCAGCUGUGUUAAAUUAA